AUGUGUAAUGUACCAGGCAGAUAUGUAGAAAGAUUUGAACAGACUUCUCUCCAACAAAGAUUUCUAGAUGUCCAUGAUGAAUUUGAACAAUUACAUAUUUUUUUAGAGGCAGCUAAUGCCAUAAUUAACCUGUCUGUGCAUGGAAGAGCAAGAAAUCAGUCCUAUGAUAGACUAGCUACUUUUGUUGACAAGUUUGGUAGCAGAAUAGCUGGUUCACAGAACUUAGAGAAUGCUAUUGAUUAUAUGUUAGAUGAACUACAGAGAGAUGGCUUGGAUAAUGUUCAUGGAGAAGAUGUUACUGUUCCACACUGGGUUAGGGGAGAGGAAUAUGCUACAAUGCUUGAGCCUAGAAAUCACAAACUGGCCAUGCUAGGCCUUGGAUCAAGCAUAGCCACACCAGAAGAUGGUAUAACAGCUGAAGUUUUAGUUGUAAGGUCCUUUGAUGAGUUACAUCAGAAAGCUGAUCAGGCCAAAGGAAAGAUAAUUGUUUAUAAUCAGAAAUGGGUCUCAUAUGGUAUAUCUGUGGCUUACAGAUCAAAUGGUGCUGUGGAGGCGGCUAAAGUUGGUGCUGUGGCAUCAUUAAUAAGGAGUGUUACUCCAUUAUCUAUUAAUAGUCCACAUACUGGGUGGCAGGAUUAUGUUGAUAGUGUGAAAAAGAUUCCUACUGCCUGUAUAACUGUAGAAGAUGCUGAAAUGAUGGACAGAAUGCAACAGAGAGGUCAUAAGAUAGUGGUAAAGUUAAAGAUGAGUGCCAAAACCUUACCUUCAGUAACAUCCAGGAACACUAUAGCAGAAAUCAAAGGCAGUACCUAUCCUGAUCAGAUUGUGUUGGUCAGUGGACAUUUAGAUAGUUGGGAUGUAGGACAAGGGGCUAUGGACGAUGGUGGUGGAGCAUUUAUAUCAUGGCAGGCACUAUCAUUGAUCAAACAGUUAGGAUUACGACCAAAAAGAACCAUUAGACUGGUGAUGUGGACAGCCGAGGAAGAAGGUGGUUUUGGUGGCAAUGAAUAUUACAGGAGACACAAGAAAGAUAUAGCUAAUUAUGAUAUGGUUUUAGAAUCAGAUAUGGGUACCUUUACAGCACUAGGAAUGAAUUUUCAAGGAAACCCAAAAACUAUGGAAAUAAUGGGUUCCAUUGUUAAUUUAUUAAAACCAAUCAAUGCCACAGCUUUGAAGAAAGGAGAAGGAGGUGAAGAUAUAACUCUGUGGAUGAAAGCAGGAGUUCCUGGUGGCAGUAUAUUGAAUGCCAAUGAAAAAUACUUUUAUUUUCAUCAUACAGAUGGUGAUACAAUGACAGUACAGGAUCCUAUGGACAUGAAUCUAUGUUCAGCAGUUUGGGCUGUUGUUGCUUAUACUGUGGCUGACCUUUGUGAAAUGCUACCAAGAUAAAUAUUUAUCUCUAAAAAAUAUCUUAAUAACUAUGCUGAUUUGAAAGAAAUGGUACCUAGAUAAAUACUUAUCUCUAAAAUCUAUCUAGUUAUAUUGUUGCUGACCUUAAAGAAACAUUAUCAAGAUAAAAUAUUUAUCUCUAAAACUACCUUAUUAAUUGUGCUGAUCUUGAAGGAAUACUACCUAGAUAAAUAUGUAUCUCUUAAAACUAUGUAUACUUAACAUUUGAUAGAGGCUGUAGUUGAAAGUUAAAAACAAUUUUAUGUAUCCAUAAAUUUUUAAAAGUGGGCGCCCACUGACUGCCUAAAUGGGGUCCCUCUCCUGACGUGCUUCUUAUAUCUUGUAAAUAUAAUUAAUUUGUUUAUUUAUAGUUUGCAUAAUUUGUCUCUACAAUAUUUUCAAUCAGAUCAAUGUUGUUUUUGUUCAACCUGGAUAUGGCAACAAAAUUUGAAAUAGGUCCACAUAGAAUGUUGGUUGAGAAAAAAAAAAGCUUUUUAACUCAUAAAGUUCUGUACAUUCCUUAUGUUUGUCAUACAAAAUUAUCAUUAGAAAAUAUUUAGUGUUAUUGUUAUUUGAGUCAUAUCAAGUUUUGUGUUAGGCAUAGAGUUUAUGAAAUGUUAGUUGUUUGAGUAACUUUCAGUGGCAUAUUUUGUGUCAAUUUUAUGUUCUGUAUGAAAAUCUGUUUUUGCAUUUUAUAUCAAUAGUAUUUAAGACAGUUGUACAAUAUGAUUGUUUUCAUAACUUGUCUUCGAUUUGAAAAAUAUAUUUUUUUGAACUGGUCUUUGUACAGCACCAGAAGCAAUGUUUAAAGAGAGUACAUGUAUAUUGGAAAUAAAAGAUAAAAGCCAUUAUAAUCAUGUAAGAGAAAAUUAUUACAUUUCUUAAAAAGUCAAUUUAUGAAUCUCAAACCUUUUUCAAAAAGAAGCAGGUUUACCUAUACUCCUUCAUGACAGGUUCUCUGUUAGCUAUAAAAGGAACCAGUUAAAAAACAGGGCCAUACUUGUUUUGUGUUGAGAAGACUGUUGGAUCUGCUGUGGAAGGAUAAAUCUCAAGCUUGACAUAAUAUUUACUUCAUUGCCACUUUGAUCUUAUGCAGGGAAGUAAAACUCGGAGGUGUUUUGUGUCUUAUGUAAUUUGUGUAUGUAAGAAAGAAAAAAAAAGGUGCCCCAAUCAUCUU